GUUUUUGAAGAAGCCAUGGCCAGUUCAACGAAAGAAGAUUCCACCGUUUUCCCACUGAUUUAUGCUUUCCUUAAAACUAAAUGUAAUGAUGUGGCUGAGGUGUUCCGUAAACGAGUGCAGACAUCUAUGCCACCAAGUGGAUCACCAAAGAUAACAGACAUUGUGGAAGAUUGGAAGAAGAAAAACUCACCUAUAAAGAGGAAGCUGGAUGAAACAGAUGCAACACCGCGAAAAAAAGCGAGGAAGGGUGACACGAGUGCAGUGACAACAAAGAAGGGGGUCAACAAACGCCCAGCGAGUUCAAGUGAUUCCUCCUCGUCAUCCGGCGAUGAUGCGCCAGCCAAACCCAAGACAACGCCUGGAGCCAAGGCUGCUGUGAAGCCUCCAGCAAAGAAGAAGAAGGCUGAGAGUAGCAGUGACUCGAGUGAUUCUGAUUCUGAUGAUGAAGCCCCAAAGAAGGCCGCCCCAAAGCCAGCUACCAAGAAAUGUGUAUCAAGUAGCUCUGACUCUGACAGUGAUGAUGAGGCAAGUGGAGAGGAGGAUAUACCUUCUAAACCCAAGAAACCAGUCGCAGUGAAUAACCGCCCAAGUAAAGCAGUUACACCGAAAAAGGCUGCAUCAUCUAGCUCGGAGGAUUCAAGCUUGGACUCCAGUUCUGAUGAUGAAAAACCGGUUAAGAAAACGCCUGCAAAAUCACCAGCUCUAGCUAAGAAAAACAUCUCUGCAAAGAAGGACUCAAGCUCCAGUUCUGACGAUUCGAGUUCAGAGGAUGAGGCACCUAAAAAGGCUACACCAAAAGUAGCAGCUAAGAAGGCCAAACAAGCAAAGGAGGAUUCCAGUUCAAGUUCUGAUGACUCGAGUUCAGAGGAUGAAAAGGCCACAAAAAAAACUCCUGCAAAGUCACCCGCAGUAGCUAAGAAAGCAACACCCGCUAAAAAGAAAGACUCUAGCUCAAGUUCUGAUGAUUCAAGUUCCGAAGACGACAAACCAGCAAAGAAAACUCCAGCUAAAUCACCUGCGGUAUCCAAGAAAGCCACUCCAGCCAAGAAGGACUCCAGUUCAAGUUCAGAUGACUCUAGCUCUGAAUCUGAAGAUGAAAAACCAGCAAAGAAAACUCCAGCGAAAUCACUCGCAGUAUCCAAGAAAGCAACUCCAGCUAAGAAGGACUCCAGUUCAAGUUCAGAUGACUCUAGCUCUGAAUCCGAAGAUGAAAAACCGGCAAAGAAAACUCCUGCAAAAUCACCCGCAGUAGCCAAGAAAGCAACUCCAGCUAAGAAGGACUCCAGUUCAAGUUCAGAUGACUCUAGCUCUGAAUCGGAAGAUGAAAAGCCAGCAAAGAAAACUCCAGCUAAAAUUUUCGCAGUAGCCAAGAAAGCAACUCCAGCUAAGAAGGACUCGAGCUCAAGUUCCGAUGAUUCAAGUUCCGAAGACGACAAACCAGCAAAGAAAACUCCAGCUAAAUCACCUGCAGUAGCCAAGAAAGCAACACCCGCUAAAAAGAAAGACUCUAGCUCAAGUUCAGAUGAUUCAAGUUCCGAAGACGACAAACCAGCAAAGAAAACUCCAGCAAAAUCACCUGCAGUAGCUAAGAAAGCAACACCCGCUAAAAAGAAAGACUCUAGCUCAAGUUCAGAUGACUCUAGCUCUGAAUCUGAAGAUGAAAAACCAGCAAAGAAAACUCCAGCUAAAUCACCUGCAGUAGCCAAGAAAGCAACACCCGCUAAAAAGAAAGACUCUAGCUCAAGUUCCGAUGAUUCAAGUUCCGAAGACGACAAACCAGCUAAGAAAACUCCAGCUAAAUCACCUGCAGUAGCCAAGAAAGCAACGCCCGCUAAAAAGAAAGACUCUAGCUCAAGUUCAGAUGACUCUAGCUCUGAAUCUGAAGAUGAAAAACCAGCAAAGAAAACUCCUGCAAAAUCACCCGCAGUAUCCAAGAAAGCAGCUCCAGCUAAGAAGGACUCCAGUUCAAGUUCAGAUGACUCUAGCUCUGAAUCUGAAGAUGAAAAACCAGCAAAGAAAACUCCUGCAAAAUCACCCGCAGUAGCCAAGAAAGCAACUCCAGCUAAGAAGGACUCCAGUUCAAGUUCCGAUGACUCUAGCUCUGAAUCCGAAGAUGAAAAACCAGCAAAGAAAACUCCAGCAAAAUCACCCGCAGUAGCCAAGAAAGCAGCUCCAGCUAAGAAGGACUCCAGUUCAAGUUCAGAUGACUCUAGCUCUGAAUCCGAAGAUGAAAAACCAGCAAAGAAAACUCCUGCAAAAUCACCCGCAGCAGCCAAGAAAGCAGCUCCAGCCAAGAAGGACUCCAGCUCAAGUUCAGAUUACUCUAGCUCUGAAUCCGAAGAUGAAAAACCAGCAAAGAAAACUCCUGCAAAAUCACCUGCAGCAGCCAAGAAAGCAACUCCAGCUAAGAAGGACUCAAGUUCAAGUUCAGAUGACUCUAGCUCUGAAUCCGAAGAUGAAGAACCAGCAAAGAAAACUCCUGCAAAAUCACCCGCAGUAGCCAAGAAAGCAGCUCCAGCCAAGAAGGACUCCAGUUCAAGUUCAGAUGACUCUAGCUCUGAAUCCGAAGAUGAAGAACCAGCAAAGAAAACUCCUGCAAAAUCACCCGCAGUAGCCAAGAAAGCCACUCCAGCCAAGAAGGACUCCAGUUCAAGUUCAGAUGACUCUAGCUCUGAAUCUGAAAAUGAAAAACCAGCAAAGAAAACUCCUGCAAAAUCACCCGCAGUAGCCAAGAAAGCAACUCCAGCUAAGAAGGACUCCAGUUCAAGUUCAGAUGACUCUAGCUCUGAAUCCGAAGAUGAAAAACCAGCAAAGAAAACUCCUGCAAAAUCACCCGCAGUAGCCAAGAAAGCAACUCCAGCUAAGAAGGACUCCAGUUCAAGUUCAGAUGACUCUAGCUCUGAAUCCGAAGAUGAAAAAAGCAAAUCUCCUGUGAAAAAAGUAGCGAAAGUCACCUCUAAAAAAGAGGAGAGUUCAGACAGUUCUGAUAGCUCGAGUGAUGAAGACUCUAAAUCAGCUCCUGUAAAAAAUACCACAAAGGUUACGCCUAUUGUUGUGAAUGGUGUGAACGGUGUCUGUUCAAGUGAGACUGGAUCUGAUGCAGAUGUGAUAAAGACAAGCACGCCAGUUGUGAAUGGUAUCGAUUCAUUGAAUAGUAAAACGAAAUCUCAUGAAAAGAAAAGAUUGAACACAUCAAGGCCAUUCAGAAGAGUAAAAGAGGAGGAGGUUGAUGUUGAUCAUAGAUUAGCUGACAAUUCUUUUGAAGCAAAGGGUGGUGCAUAUGGCUCGUGGGGAGACAAAGCCAACCGAGACCUCAAACACACCAAGGGCAAAUCGUUCCGGCACGAGAAGACGAAGAAGAAACGCGGCAGUUAUCGAGGCGGCGAGAUCGACAUGAAUUGUCACUCAAUUAAGUUUGAAGACUAAAGACUGUUAAUGAAAAACAAGUUAUGGACUUUGAGUUAAAUGUCAUUGUACGAAGAAAAUCUUUGGCGUGGUUCCUGUGAUAGGUCUCUGCUGUUGAGUUGUUACAGGUCUUUCUGACUUGCGAUUAGGAAGUCAAAAACCAAAUUGGCACUUGACCAAGCUGCUGGGGUCGGCAGCCUCGGGCACCACAGGGGCAACUUGGUUGUUUUUUGGUGCCACCGUAUUCAGCGUGGCACCCAAACAGACUGCUUACAGUAGUUGAAAAGCCCUGCUGUUGUCUGUAAUGCUGUUGGAAAUGGGUGCAAGACUCUUCUUCUGCGUUCAAUGAUGGUGGCCAUCAUACUCCUAAUUCAGUGGUUGUCGUGAAUUCGAUCACUAUGAUUCUGGUUUCUUUGCGUGGCUGUGGUUCCUGAUAAGAUUCUUGAAGAACUUAAGAAGUUACAUAAUGACAUCGUCAAUAAAUGUAUUUCCAUACCUGCCCAGGAGUCGAAUCUCCACCAAUUCAAAGAGGAUUGUGUGGAGAAUUAAUUGUAUAUGAGUAGGAGUAGGAUCUCACUGUAUUCGUUGUCACAUGUUCUUUUGCAUUAAGUGUCUUUGGCUUUUACGUGUAAAUCAAAGGUACUGUAAACUUGCUGUUAUUCACUAUUUCAUUUUCGCCGUUUGAUACCAGACGCAAAUUACUUCAAAUAUUGAGAGUAAUGUCUAUUGGAUUUUAGAAGAUGGGGUGAUAACGUAAUUGCAUGAAAUUGAAUAAUUAGCUGGUUGAGAUUUUAUUUUUGAGCUUUACAAUAUACAUGUGUGAACACGGGGAGAUAUUUUAACUUGUGUGUCAGUUGUGAAAACGUGAUGACAUAAUAGUGACUUCUAAGAAGAACUUUUCUCUGAAAUUUUUUUUACUGUGGUUUGACAGUAAAUUGAUUUCUUUUCUGUAUUUCUAAUUUGAAAGCUCAAUUUGCUCUGAAGAUUUUGAUUAUCAGGUGUCACAGACUUUCACAGUUCAAAUUAAAAAUGUCGAGUAUAAGGCGAGAGAGAGAGAGAGGUGUUGUUUACAUAAAUUAUUGUUUGUUAAUCUGAUGAAUUGCAACAUGCAAUGUGAUUUUACAAAGUGAUGCAUCUCAAAUUGUGAGUGAUAUCUGUGUUGUAGCCUUUGGUUCACCUAGGUGACAAUAUCAUUUGACAAGGACCCUAUCGAUGCAGGGUUCUUGAAUCGAGCCCACUUUUUGCAAAUGUUACUGAAAGUUGUAGUCAUAUUCGUCAUGCUUUCACUGUGGCUAACUUGUAUCUUGAAAUGGCGUAGCUGUGGAGACCACCGCUUCCCCACUGUGAUUGAUUUGGCACCGGGGGUGUGGCCUGUGUGUUCAGCAAAGAAUUUGUUCAUUAAAGGAAUAAAAGAAUGAAAGUGA